AUGGCGCCAUCACUCGCCUCACAGCCCCCCGAACUGUCCUUUUACGAGCUCAGCUUCCCCGCGGAAUAUGUGCUGCUGGUGACCAUCAACCGCGAGUCGCACAUGAAUGCCAUCCCCAUGGCCGGCCACUGGCAGGGCGAGCGGCUGUGGCAGUGGUUCGACGACGAGCCCCAGCUCCGCGUCGCCAUCGUCACCGGCAAGGGCACCAGGGCCUUUUGCUGCGGCGCCGACCUCAAGGAGCAGGCGCAGAAGCAGCACGCCCUCGAGAAGCCCGACGCCCCGGCCUUUCCCACCGGCGGCUUCAUGGGCCUCACCACGCGCGUGGGCAAGAAGCCCGUCAUCGCCGCCGUCAACGGCUUCGCCCUGGGCGGCGGCUUCGAAAUCGCCCUCAACUGCGACAUGGUGGUUGCCUCGCCGUCGGCCACGUUUGGGCUGCCCGAGGCAAAGAGAGGUCUCUGGGCGGCGGCCGGGGGCAUCCCCCGCGCCGUGAGGACGUUUGGCAUGCAGAUGGCGUCAGAGAUUGUGCUUGCCGGCCGCGUCUUGUCCGCCGCCGAGGCGAGGGACGCGGGUUUCUGCCGGGUGGCCGCGUCGCCGGGCGCCGUGGUGGGCGAGGCCGUCGCGCUGGCCGAGGACGUCGCGGCCAUGUCGCCGGAUGCCGUGAUUGUGAGCCGUGCCGGUCUCAGACAAACGUGGGAGACGGCGAGCGUCGAGAGGGCAGCCCAACUGGUCCAGGACAGAUACGCCAGGGGUCUCUUGGAGGGGGAAAAUCUACGUCUGGGCCUCAUGGCGUUUGUUACCAAGACAAAGCCAGAGUUUGUACCGUCAAAGUUGUAA